UAGGUUUGGAUGUAGUAUAAUUAUUAUAAUUUUUAUUAUAAUUUAUUAUAAUUUUUUAUUGGGUGGUCAAUAUGUUAAUAAGUAUGAUCCAGACACUGUAUAAAUAAAAGGAGAGCAGGGCAAACUCUUAACAGGAGGAGACUCACUCAUGGCCUUUGAGACAGAAGAUCAGGAGACUCAAUACUGCUUUCCUGACAUCAACUCAUCAUGUGUCAAGGGAAAACGCUCCAGACAUGAAUACAAUAUCAUGUAUGUGUUUUUUUCACUGCUGUCGGCAUGGACUGUGUUUCUGAACCUGCUGGUGAUCAUCUCCAUCUCUCACUUCAAGAAGCUUCACACUCCAACCAACAUGAUUAUUCUCUCUCUGGCUGUAAAUGAUCUGCUUAUUGGACUUAUUAUCAUGCCUCUUGAGGCCAUCAAACUGAUUGAGACAUGCUGGUACUUUGGAGAAACUUUUUGUGGACUGUUUAUGAUAAUCAUGGGGCUCCUUGGAUCAACAUCUCUAAGUAAUUUAGUUUUAAUUGCUGUUGAUCGUUAUGUGGCUGUGUGCCACCCUUUACUGUACCCCCAGAAAAUAACCAUGUCUAAAACAUUAGUAACUAUCUGCCUCUGUUGGUUAUUUUCCUCUGCUUACUGCUCUGUUUUUGUAGUCAGCAACAAAUAUUUUGACUCUUCAAACAGAACAGAUGUGUGUUAUGGCAUGUGCACAUUAAAUCUUAGUUUUACUUACAUCAUCGUUGAUUUGAUAUAUUCCUUUUUGUUGCCUUGUGUUGUGAUGAUCACAGUAUAUUUGAGGAUAUUUUAUGUUGCUAUUAAGCAAGUGAAGGUUAUAAACUCUCUGAUGAAGGGUGGUAAAUGUGUAAAGGAAGGUUCAGUCAAGAGGAAAUCUGAGCAUAAAGCUGCUCUCACAUUAGGGAUUGUUGUGACUGUCUAUCUGCUUUGCUAUAUUCCAUAUUAUUUAAUUUCUUUAACAGGGGUUUAUUCUAAAACAAUAACAUAUUUGUUGUGGACUUUGUAUGUUAACUCUGGUCUGAAUCCUCUUAUUUAUGCCUUAUUUUACCGCUGGUUUAAAACAUCAGUUAAACACAUCUUAACUUUAAAAAUAUUGCAGCCAGCAUCCUCGCUCUUGGAUAUUUUCACAGGCUAAUUAUUUAUUAUUAUUUAUUUAUUUAUUAUCUAAAGGAAAGGAGUUUUAAGUAAUUGAGGAUCCUGGAUGUGAAAACACUGGCCAUGUAUUUGUAUAACUGUUAUAUUAUUGUUUAGCAGUGCAUCAGAAAUUGAGGCACAACAUGUAAGGCAUUUUGGGUAUUUUGUCUUUUAAUUAAAGUUACUAAAUAUGUUGUUACGUAAUUGAAUAGGAUAAUGAAUAAAUAAACAAGCACUAACCAUGACUAAA